UUGGCGCCGCCAAGUUGGCGGCUAUUAGGGUUUCUCUGGUGCAGGAAACGCACGUGCCCAUCAAUGAAGCGGUUGGUCGUCCUCGUCCUUGUCCCGGAAGGUGCAGCGAUCUUCCUGUUCCUCCUCCUCUUCCUCCUUCCCCAAACCCUGCCUCCGCCUGUCUCCUCGACUCCGACCCUCCAGACUCUCCCCGCUUCCGUCGCCGCCGAAGUCAGCCGCCUUAGGCACGACCCCAAUCCCGACCGCGCCUUCUCCUUCUUUCGUCCUGUGGCUUCCCUCUGGACCCUCACUUUUGCCUCCUCCGUCUGCGUCCUCUCCCCCCUUCACCUCCCUCUCUCCCUGUUCCCGCCCUCAUCGCCUUGCGGCAGGUACCAUCUUACUGGAGAAGGGCGCUGAUGAUGACACACUUGGACUUGAUACCUUUUGACAGCACGCGCCAAAUUGGAGCUUUUGCAGUGGCCAUGAAUCGAGGCAGCAGCAGUGGACAUCGGAGGCAAUGUCAUGCUCUCCCAUAUAGGCGGACUCCAGUAUUUGCAUUGUCACUCAGGGAGAUCCCAGCAGCCCGCCAAUAUAUGAGAACCUCAUAACCCAGCGGGAGGUAGUUAUUGUAAGCAAAGGUAUUGGAGGUGACCCAAUCUCGACCAUGUGGUGGAAUAACAAGCGAGCGGCUCCAUCCAAUUCGUGAGUCCUGCAAAGGGCCUUGGUAUAAGUGUAGUCAUUGGGAAUAAAAUCGAGCCACUUCAACUGCUCAUACAGAGUGAUGGCGGCAGCGGGAUUGGGUUUCUCGACCAAGCUGUUGAAGUGGAGGCCGAACAUAGGCCUUGACGAGGGAGUUGAGGGGGCCUGCUCAGCAUAGCAAAGAGAAUCCAGUAAUGAAGGAAUAGCAGGACACCGUGCAAAAGGAAGGAGAUGAUGCGGCAGGAGAAGCGAAAUCGAGGCGGGAGCGGAAGGCGAAGGGGGAGAGGACGGAGAUGAAAGUGGCCUAAGUGGGAGGGUCGACAGGAAAGUCACAGGAAUCCAGGUGACGAAAGGAGGAGAAGAUGAGGUUGGGGUGGUGCUUAAGCUGGUUCACUGUGGCGGCAACUGAGGUGGGAGAGAUUGGAAUCGGGGAACAUUGGGAGGGUCUGGCGGGUCGGAGUCGAGGAGACGUGGAGGCAGAGAGGAACUGGGUUUGGGGAAGGAGGAACAGAGGAACUUCUUGGUGCACCUUACAACUGCAGGGGCGACCCCGUGUGCUUCGUUGAUGAUGUGAUGUGUGCGUUUCCUUCUUGCAACAAAGAAUCCCUACUUAGACUAGUGACUCUUCAGCUGCCGCCAUGUCAAAAUACCGAAAAUUUAUAAAGAACGGCUUGAGAGAGACUUGACUC